CAGCCUGUGCGGUGUCAUUGGAUCAUUGCAACGCCGCGAAGCGACGUGCAAAUUUUGCAUUUGCCGUUAGUAAUUUUGAGUUUUUUAAGUCAUGUCUCGAGGAACUAGUGCAGGGUUUGACCGGCAUAUUACCAUUUUUAGCCCUGAAGGUCGCUUGUAUCAAGUCGAAUAUGCCUUCAAAGCCAUCAACCAGCCUGGACUCACAUCUGUUGCAUGCAAAGGAGAUGAUACAGCGGUGUGUGUUACACAGAAGAAAGUCCCAGAUAAGCUGCUGGACCCCUCAACUGUGACGCACAUGUUCAAGCUGACCAAGAAUGUUGGCUGUGUGGUCACUGGCAUGCAUGCUGAUUCAAGGUAUCAGGUUAUGGUUGCUCAGCAUGAGGCCAAUAACUUCAAGUACAAGUAUGGCUAUGACAUGCCAAUUGAUGCGCUCUGCCGCCGUAUAGCUGACAUCAAUCAAGUCUACACGCAGAAUGCAGAAAUGCGACCUCUUGGCUGCAGCAUGAUCUUGAUCGCCUACGACGACGAGCUCGGCCCGUGCGUGUACAAAACUGACCCCGCCGGCUACUACUGCGGCGCCCGGGCGUGUGGCGCUGGCGCUAAGAACACUGAAGUUAAUUCCUUCCUCGAGAAAAAGUACCGAACAAAGACGCCCAUGGACCGUGACGCGACCAUCCAGCUCGCCAUCACGUGCCUCAUGACGGUGCUGAGCGCAGACUUCAAGCCCACUGAAAUUGAGGUCGGCAUCGCCUGCAAGGACGAGCCAGAAUUCAGAACGCUGACUGAGCAGGAGAUGGACUUCCACUUGAGCGCCAUCGCCGAAAGGGAUUAAAACCUCGCGCCUUUUUUAUUUAUAUUUUGUACCUCCGUAGGUAAAUAAUUUGUCUUUGUAUGGCAUGAAAUCAGAAUAACAUGUAUGCAAUCACGGAAUGAAAUCGGUAUCGGUUCUUUACAUUCAAUGUUUGAAAAACUGGCGGGCCUCAAAUUACCAGCAUUCUGAAGUGAAGACAUCAAAUGAAGUUUAAAAACAAAGGUCAUUUUGUUGAGUUUUCAGCCAGCUAGAGUUUUUGGUUGCAUUUUUUAUUUAACCGAGUAGUUAAUUUCUUCAACUAGAUAAUGAUCUUAGAUUAAAUACAGGGUUUCGUAAUAAAAUUUAUAGUCA